GCCAAAGAUUAUCUAUAAGAUUCACAACCCACAGGACAUAGGCCAAAGCUACCAGAUGCCAUUACCUGUUCUUCUACAGCAGUCAUGGCUCCGAGUUCAAGAGCCAAAGCCAAUUCACGAGGUUCCAAAACUGUUGCCAGUAAUGGAAGCAAGAGAAAAAGAGACGGAACACCAGAUUUUCAGUCCAACUCGAUAUCCAAGAAAAGGAAAGGGUUAGAUUCGAUACUUGCUGCUCCAAGCAAACAAACGGACUGCCAAAAGGCUCUUGAGGAGGCGAAGAUCGUGAAAGAACUCCGCAUCACGUUCCACCCACGGAAGUUCGACCCACAGCGUCCAGAAAACGUUCCUAAGGAACAUCAGACAAAAUUCAGUCACAUUCAGCAGCUGGGCCAGAUCAGUUACAAUUCGUAUGCGCUACAACCUCGACCUGACACUGCCAAUAAGCCAUGGGAACUCGAGAACAAGCUGAGGGCUACACGGGUGAGCGAGAAGGCGAUCCAAGCGAGAAAUGAAUAUCAAAACGAGGAUGGCUGGCGGAUGGCUGGGGGGCUUGAGGAACUCGUAUUUGAACGCUUUGGAAUCGAAGUUGCAUGCCAGGAGUGCCGCAAACGUCGGUGGCAAUCCUUCGUCGAGGUCAACCCGGAAGAGAGCAACAGCCGAACAAAAAACCUUGUAGAGCGUCAGCAUCGUCGUACCGUAUGUGACUGUGAGCCAUUGUCAAAGCAAUAUAGCAUUUUGAGCACAGGGCUGACCGACAUGUUCACUACACGUAUUGGCGAGCGAAGCGUCAUACAAGACGACCCAGAGAACCACCGUAGAAUAGAAAUGCGGCCUGAUCGAAUCGUUGGAUUGAAUACUACAGAUACCGUUCGAAAGAUUUUGAAGCAACCGCAUGUUUCUCACUUGGAAGAAGUAUCUGAGCUCGACGACGACCUACUAGGCAGAUUGACCGUCAGCUGCAAUCCAGAUAGUGGUGGAGAUGUUUCGAUAUAUCCUUUCUUGGUGAUGGAGGCUAAGAGCCUCAAGAGCGGAACCACUUUUCCGGAAAUCGAGACACAAACGGCAGUACCUAUACGAAAUCAUCUGUACCUGCAACUCAAGCUCCAAGACGACAACUUUAACAACAUGCCGACACCAGGAGGUCCGUUGACCUGGUUUCUUGCUUAUGUUGGUGAGACGUGGAGGGUAUACGGGUGUUACGUCACAAAGUCUAGUCCAGGCAAUUUGCCCUGUUAUGAGAUCGUUCGCUUGUGGCAAGGCGAUAUCACUGGCUACGACGAGGCACUUCAACUAGUUCUAAUUAUGGACUAUAUCGUUGAUUGGGCGCGUGAUAUCUUCCGGCCUAGUAUCAUGAGACAACUGACGUCCGUAGUCGACAAGGGCGAACAGUCGUCUUACACGAUUGUCGAUCAACCUGACAUCCUCUCAAUACACGAUCUUGCUAACUCUCGGUACGGUGGCAGGCCUGUCCCUACCAUUGCCGGAGCUGGAACAUUUGAGGCGCCUGCUGCAUCAGCCUUUGAUGCAGUACACUCCACGAUCAGCUCUUCUUUCGAGCCUCGUUUUGAGAGUAGUGGAGUACAUGUCGAUAUCAAGGUCUGGGAAAGCGCCAAGUAUGAGUCACGAGUUCGAGGGCUUUUCAUCACCGAAAAUGACGCUGCUGCUAUGGAACAUCUUAUACACACGGGCUACCAAAGAUUAAACACGACUCAUGGUCAGCGUUGUUGGUUCCUCUUAUCAAACGUCCAAGAUAUUAAAAUCAUCGAAGAGGCUUGGACUGGGAGUCAAAAGAUCAAGGACGUUCAAGAUCUUCCGCAGCAAAAACUCCUGGUCUCCCUCUAUGUUCAGUACCGCAAAGAUGGUAAUGGUGCGCCUGUACGCGAAUUGACGUAUCUGGCUGUUACUGAAACAUUUGCUCGCAAAUCAGUGGUUCUUUUCGGACACCUAUUACAGAACAAUGAGCUGGUUGAUUCAGCUGCGGAACUUGGACUCAAGCUGCAAGAAGCUUGGACUUCGAGCAACAAGAAUUACUUCAAGCGUUACGCCAGCGCCCAAACUAGCGUACUUUGUGUCACCGCAUCUGACCACGAUAGGUCAGUAUAUCGUGUCACCCUUGGCUUCUACAGCGACGGCGAGACCACGAACUACGCCAAAAGGUUGGAUGCUUUCAUCAAGACCACUUGCGAGAAUCAACGAGGAAAGCUCUACAAACUCUACUCAUCAUGUUAUCGGUACACCAACAUCGUCCAUUCGCUCACCAUGGAGCCGCAUUGUGUCUUGGACCCUACCCAAGAUUGCGUUUUCAUCAACACAGGCGUAAUGCGAUCCGGAAUCUGCGUCUAUAUCACAAAUGCAGCAUCGGAGAAACUCAGCCAUUCAUUGCUCAUCCGGCUUCUUUUGCGAAUGGUAGUUGUCUACUGGGACAGCAAAGGGCUAGAUUCGGAUUCCGACGUCUCCUUCUGUGAGGGUGAUGAGCCAUACGUCGACGGUAAGUUGCUACUAUGGAUCGCAUCAGAUCCCCAAUGGGAUUUGUACGCUACAAUGAAGUCGACUUUGACGACGCCUGGUAUGCGCAGAGUUCACAAACAUUUGGCGUGGAUUCGCAAAGUGUUACUCAGACACAAGUGUGGUACAGGUAUUCACGGAUCCAGAUACGGGCAGAAUAUUGUUGGAUCCGAGUAUUACAGGAGAGGGCACAGAAACAUUCAACGCGAGAUUCAGCUCUCUUGCAAGAAGUGCGAUUACAAGAAACAGUAUGAAAAAGCUGCGUCAGGGCCUACAUUUUGCUUCUGCGACGAAGACUUCAUGCCAGAAAAAGGCUUUUAG